CCGCCGCCGCCAGCGCCGCCAUGAUGCUUGUUUGCUUUCAAUGAGUGUGAGGAAGAGGCGGGGGGGAGCUGCUCUCCCGUCCGGCCCGCGGCAGGAAACAAAGAGCCAGGCAGGCGGCGGAGCGAGGGCGGCGGGGGGACGGGGAUGCUGCAGCCACAGGAAUGCCCAAGGAAAAGUACGAUCCACCUGAUCCACGGAGGAUGUACACAAUUAUGUCCUCAGAAGAAGCAGCCAACGGAAAGAAAUCACACUGGGCAGAGUUGGAAAUAAGUGGGAAAGUGAGAAGCUUAAGUUCAUCGUUGUGGACACUGACCCAUUUGACAGCUUUGCAUCUCAGUGACAAUUCCUUAUCCCGUAUUCCUUCGGACAUUGCCAAGCUUCACAAUCUGGUAUAUCUGGACCUGUCUUCUAAUAAAAUUCGCAGUUUACCAGCAGAGCUCGGAAACAUGGUGUCACUCAGGGAACUACAUUUAAAUAACAACCUGUUACGAGUUUUACCUUUUGAGCUGGGAAAACUGUUCCAGUUGCAGACUUUGGGUCUGAAAGGAAAUCCACUUACACAGGAUAUUCUGAACCUUUAUCAGGAACCAGAUGGGACACGAAGGCUACUGAACUAUUUGCUUGAUAAUUUGGCAGGUACUGCAAAAAGAAUUUCAACAGAACAACCACCUCCAAGAUCUUGGAUUAUGUUGCAAGAACCAGACCGUACAAGACCAACAGCCUUGUUCUCUGUCAUGUGUUACAACGUACUCUGUGAUAAAUAUGCUACCCGGCAGCUGUAUGGCUAUUGUCCAUCUUGGGCAUUGAACUGGGAGUACAGAAAAAAAGCCAUUAUGCAGGAAAUCCUGAGCUGCAAUGCUGACAUCAUAAGUCUUCAGGAGGUUGAAACAGAACAGUACUACAGUUUUUUCCUGGUAGAAUUGAAAGAACGUGGCUACAAUGGAUUCUUCAGUCCAAAAUCUAGAGCUAGGACAAUGUCAGAACAGGAAAGAAAACAUGUUGAUGGUUGUGCAAUAUUUUUCAAAACAGAAAAGUAAGUGGUGUGUUUUGUAAAGCCUUCUAUUGUGUCUUGUUCUCUUUCACAUAAUUUCUCAGGUCAGCCUAUAGCUCAGACAGCUUGACAUUAGUUGGUCUUUUUGUAGCUAUUGAGUGUUUCUUACACAGCAUUGGUAAUGUAAGAAAGAGUGGUCUGUAUGAGAGAAAUCGUUCAGUGUGUGGAAAGCAGCAGAAAAUUUUACCUUGAAGUUUUAUUUGAGAUUUCAUUAUGUUAGAACAGUGCUGGUUAGGAGUUCACUAAAUUAUACUGCAGUUGUUGAGUGUGUCUCAGCCAUUAGGUGUUAAUAAUGAAAAAUGAAGCAAAUGUCUUAUUUUCUUUUUUCUCUUUUGACUAAAAGAACUGAUAGUUCCGCAAAUUGCUGAAGUAAGACCUCAGAUG